AUGGCCUCCCAAUCGAAGAACGCAACGGCCAAGCGGCGUCGAGUGUCGGCCGUAGAUGAGGUAACGCCUCUGCUUGCAGCAUCGGAAGAAGGACCUACGACUCAAGCCAAUGCAGAGGCUUUCGAAGACCAUGGCGAACUUCAACCAAAGUCUGGUGCUCGUACGGUGGAUCAAGGUCAGGACGAUGAGGAUGAUACGCCGCUGCCAUACGGGCAGAUCAUCGUCCUCUGUUAUGUGAGGAUGAUCGACCCCCUCACGUUCUUCGUCAUCUUUCCGUUCGUGAGCCAGAUGAUCUUCGAUACGGGGACGGUUAGGGAAGUAGACGUGGGCUUUUGGAGUGGAUUGAUUGAAUCUCUUUUCUCCCUCACCCAAAUGAGUUUCAUGCUCCUUUGGGGCUGGCUCUCCGACCGCGUGGGCCGCAAACCGACUCUUGUCUGCGCCGCGUUCGGCAUGUCCCUCGCAGCCUCACUUUUCGGAUUCUCUCAAUCCGUGACUCAAAUGAUCGUCUUCCGAUGCAUCGCGGGAGUGUUCUCCGGGACGAUCGUCACGGUGCGCACGAUGAUCACCGAGAACAGCACUCCGAAGACCCAAGCGAGGGCGUUCAGUUGGUUCGCGUUCUCGGGGAAUUUAGGCAUCUUCCUGGGGCCGCUCAUCGGUGGGGCAUUGGCAAAUCCAGCGGAUCAGUUUCCGAGCCUGUUUAGGGGAACGUUCCUCGAGACGUAUCCAUAUGCGCUCCCGACGAUUUUCACUGGGAUUUUCGGAUUAUCCGCGACGCUUACGUCGCUGCUGUUCGUUAAAGAAACCCUUCCACCGAGGCAAAAGAAGCCUCUGAUUGAAGAGAACGGGUCCACGAACUCAACCAGCAACGAACCUCAACAGCCCGACACUCUCACCACUCUCCAAAUCCUCCGCUUCCCUGGCGUGACCCCCGUCCUCUCCGUCUACUCCCUCGUCUCGCUCUGCGCCCUCGCCUACACCGCCAUCUGCCCCGUCUUCUGGUUCACCCCGCCUCACCUCGGCGGCUUCGGGUUCCGCCCCGUUCAGAUCUCCAUGCUGCUCGCCGUCAGCGGCGUCAGCCAGGCGCUGUGGAUCCUGAUCGUGUUUCCGCCCCUGAACAGACGCCUGGGGACGAUCGGCGUGCUGAAGCUGGCCUCGUCGUGGGCGCCGUUUCUGUAUCUGGGGUUUCCUGGGGCGAGUGUGUUACGGCGGAUGGGGUAUGAGACUGCAUUUUGGAUCGUGGUGUUUAUUGUGAUGAUUAUUGGCUCGGGGUUUAGUAUGACGUUUACCGGCGUCCAGCUCGCACUGAAUUCCAUCUCCCCGUCCACGCGGAGUUUAGGGACGCUGAACGCGCUCGCCUUGAUGAUAGUGGCGGGAAUCCGGGCGGUUGCCCCGGCCGCGUUUUCCAGCAUCUUUGCACUCGGCGUGCGGCGUCAAAUCCUUUGGGGGUAUUUUGCCUGGGCCUUCCUGUUUGUAAUGGUAAUUGGGCUGAGAGUUCUCGUUGAAUAUAUGCCUCCGAAGGCGAAUGGUUAUCGGGAACCCAAGAAGAAUCGAGUGGUCGAGGAGGAGAGUCGGGGAGCAGGAGGGUCAUGA